GGAACCACGGUACACUUGUCAGUGCUCUUAAGCCACGUGCGGCAACACAUGACGGCAGGUGCAGCCACCGCGCGCUGAACUGCUGGUAUAUAGCGCGAGGCCAGCCAUGGACAUGGACGGCGGCGACGCCGGCAAGACGAGGACGAUGAAGACGGUGUGCGUGACGGGCGCCGGGGGCUUCGUCGCCUCGUGGCUCGUGCAGCGCCUCCUAUCCAGAGGCGACUACCUCGUGCGUGGCACUGUUGACGACCCGAGUGAUCCCAAGAACGCGCACCUGAUGGCGCUGGACGGCGCGGCGGAGCGCCUGCGGCUAUUCAAGGCCGAUUUGCUGGACCGUGCCAGCGUCGCCGCCGCCGUUGCUGGCUGCGACGGCGUCUUCCACGUCGCCAGCCCCGUCCCGGCCGUCGAGCCCACCAACCCCGAUGUGGACAUCCUGGCUCCGGCGGUGACCGGCACGCAGAACGUGCUCGAGGGUAGCCACGCGGCCAACGUCCGCCGCGUCGUGGUGGUGUCGUCGGUCGCCGCGGUGCUCGCGAACCCCAGCGUCCCCGAUGGCGCCAUCGUCGACGAAGACUGCUGGUCGGACGAGGACUACUGCAGAGCCACUAAGAACUGGUACUGCGUUUCCAAGACACUGGCCGAACGCGAGGCACUGGCAUACAGCGAGAGGACCGGGAUGGACGUUGUCACCGUCUGUCCGCCGUGGGUUCUGGGUCCGCUGCUGCAGCCGACGGUGAACGCCACCAGCAUGCACAUGCAUGGUUACUACGCAGGAGAUAACACCUAUAAGAAGUGGAGGAACAUGGUGGACGUGCGCGACGUCGCAGAUGCUCUCGUCCUGACAUACGAGACACCGGAGGCGUCUGGCCGGCGGCGAUACAUCUGUAGCGCGCACGCCAUGAAGGUGUCUGAAACGGUCGGCCUCGUCAGCAGCCUGUUCCCAGAUCUGAAGCUGCAAUACCCCAGGGAGUUUGUUCAGAGGGAAGACGAGAAGGGAGUGAGCUCCAAGAGGCUGCAGGCGCUGGGGUGGAAGUUCAGGGCGGUGGAGGAAACUCUGAGGGACACCAUCGACUCGUACAAGGCUGCUGGAAUCCUCAACUGAUGAUGAGUGAUGGCGUCAUGGAGAUUGGACUGAACUGUAAUAACAAAUUGGAGUGACGUGGAAAUUGUGCACGUUUGGUCCUAGCCAAGUCUUACCUUGCCUUGCCCAGCCAGGAACGGAAGAUAGUAAUGAGUUUUGUUUCCUUUCCUUGAUAGUGGGUCCCGCGGGCAACUAAUGAGGGAUGGUCACAAUAAAGUAUACUUUUUUUUGACAAAAGUCACAAUAAAAUAUACAAAUCACUUUCAAAUGUAAUUGAGCCAUUGAGAGUAAA